UUUCAGAAAAAUCUCCAUAAAAUAUCCCAUAAUGACAAAGUCAAAACAUUUUCAGACAUUUGUGUACAUUUAUAAAAAAAAAAGGUAGACUUUUAAACAUAACAGGUACGUACAUAAGUAUUCACACCGUUGGCUUAAUAUAUUGUUGAAGCACCUUUGGCAGCAAAUCACAGCCUCAUGUCUUCUUGGGUAUGUCUCUACGAGUUUGGCACACCUGUUUUGGGGCAAUUUCCAGAGGACUCUGGAGCCAGUUCUCUUGAAGAAUUUCUCUCUUCGGCAGCUGUCAUUUUACCCUCUAUGCGGACUAGUUGCCCAGUUCCUGCAGCAGAAAAGUAGCCCCACAGCAUAAUGCUGCCACCACCAUAAUUCACAGUAGGGAUGGUGUUAGCCAGGUGAUGAGCAGUGCCUCUUCUUCUCCAGAUAUGACACUUGCAAUUCGGGCCAAAAAGUUCUAUUUUGGUUUCAUCAGACCACAGAAUUUUGUUUCUGCGGGUCUGAGAAUCCUUAAGGUGCCUUUUGGCAAACUCCAAGCGGGCUGCCAUGUGCCUUUUAGUGAGAAGUGGUUUCCGUCUGGCCAGUCUACCAUAAAGGCCCGAUUGGUGGAGGGCGUAAGCUAUUGUUGACCUUCUGGAUGGUUCUCCUAUCUUUGCAAGGGAACUCUGGCGCUCCCCCUUAGUGACCAUUGGGUUCUUGUUCACCUCUCUCACCAAGGCCCUUUCUUCCCCGGUUACUCAGCUUGGUCGGACUGCCAGAUCUAGGAAGGGUCCUGGUGGCUCCAAUCUUCUUCCAUUUCCGAAUAAUCGAGACCACACUUUUUUCGGGACCUUCAAUGCUGCUGAAAUUCUUUUGUAUCCUUCCCCAGAUUUGUGUCGUGGCACCAUCCGGUCUCAGAGGUCUGCAGACAAUUUCUUAGACUUCAUUGCUUGGUUUCUGCUCUGAUAAGCACCGUCUACUAUGAGACCUUAUAUAGACAGGUGUGUGCCAUUCCAAAUGAUAUUCAAUCAACUGAAUUCACCACAGGUGGACUCCAUUCAAACUGUAGAAGCAUCUCAAGGAUGAUCAGUGGAAAUCAGAUGCACCUGAGCUUAAGUUUGAGUGUCAUAGCAAAGGGUGUGAAUACUUACGUACCUAUUAUGUUUGAAUGUUUACAUUUUUUGAUAAAUUUACACAAAUGUCUGAAAAUAUGUUGACUUUGUCAUUAUGGGAUAUUUCAUGUAGAUUUUUUUUAAAGAAAACUAUACUCAAAUCAGCUUUAGAAUUAGUUUGUAACAUAGCAAAAUGUGGAAAACGUGAUGGGGUGGACAAGUGUCGAGAAUAAGCACUCGCGCUAAAACAAUUAAAGCAAUGUAUCUACUUUCUCCAAAUGUUUUUGUGAUGUGCUUAUCAAAUUAGUGAAUCAUUGAUUAGAUGGACCGUGAAAAACCUUUGACUCUUGGUGGUAAGAUGGAAAAGUGUAUACGUGAUGGUGAAUAAAAUUCAACUCUUCAAACUGAGACUAACUCAGCCCCAGGUGGUCAAUUUUGCAAUAUAGGACAGGACAGGAAAAUCUCUGGAGUUGGUUGACAUGAUGAUUAGGAGAAAGGUUGAUAUAUUGUGUGUCCAGGAGACCAGGUGGAAAGGCAGUAAGGCUAGAAGUUUAGGGGCAGCGUUGAAAUUAUUUUACCAUGGUGUAGAUCGGAAGAGAAAUGGAGUCGGGUUAUUUUAAAAGAAGAGUUGGCUAAGAAUGUCUUGGAGGUGAAAAGAGUUUCAGAUCGAGUGAUGAGGCUGAAACUUGAAAUUGAGGGUGUUGUGUGUAAUGUGAUUAGUGGCUAUGCCCCACAGGUAGGAUGUGACCUAGAGGUGAAAGAGAAAUUCUGGAAGGAGCUCGACGAAAUAGUUCUGAGCGUCCCAGACAGAGAGAGAGUCGUGAUUGGUGCAGAUUGUAAUGGGCAUGUUUGUGAAGGAAAUAUGGGUGAUGAAGACGUGAUGGGUAAGUACGGCAUCCAGGAAAGGAACUUGGAGGGACAGAUGGUGGUAGACUUUGCAACAAGGAUGCAAAUGGCUGUAGUGAACCCUUUUUUCCAGAAGAGGCAGGAACAUAGGGUGACCUACAAAAGCGGAGGUAGACGCACGCAGGUGGAUGACAUCUUGUGCAGACGAUGUAAUCUGAAGGAGGUUACCAACUGUAAGGUAGUGGUAGAGGAGAGUGUGGCUAGACAGCAUAGGAUGGUGGUGUGUAAGAUGACUCUGGUGGUGGGGAGGAAGAUUAGGAAGACAAAGACAGAGAAGAGAACCAUGUGGUGGAAGCUGAGACAGGACGAGUGUUGUGCAGCUUUUCGGGAAGAGGUGAUACAGGCUCUCGGUGGACGGGAGGAGCUUCCAGAAGACUGGACCACUGCAGCCAAGGUGAUAAGACAGACAGGCAGGAGAGUACUUGGUGUGUCUUCUGGCGGAAAAGGAGAGAAGGAGACUUGGUGGUGGAACCUCACAGUACAGGAAAUCCUACAAGGAAAACGGUUAGCUAAGAAGAAGUGGGACACUGAGAGGACCGAGGAGAGGCGAAAGGAAUACAUUGAGAUGCGACACAGGGCAAAGGUAGAGGUGGCAAAGGCAAAACAAGAGGCAUAUGAUGACAUGUAUGGCAGGUUGGACACUAAAGAAGGAGAAAAGGAUCUAUACAGGCUGGCCAGACAGAGGGAUAGAGAUGGGAAGGAUGUGCAGCAGGUUAGGAUGAUUAAGGAUAGAGAUGGAAAUAUGUGGACUGGUGCCAGUAGUGUGCUGGAUAGAUGGAAAGAAUACUUCAAGGAGCUGAUGAAUGAAAAAAAUUAGAGAGAAGGGAGAGUAGAAGAGGCAAGUGUAGUGGACCAGGAAGUGGCAAUGAUCAGUAAGGGGGAAGUUAGAAAAGCAUUAAAGAGGAUGAAAAAUGGAAAGGCAGUUGGUCCUGAUGACAUUCCUGUGGAGGUCUGGAAGCAUCUAGGAGAGGUGGCUGUGGAGUUUUUGACCAGCUUGUUCAAUAGAAUUGAAUUUUGGCAUUUUAAUGAAAUCUUUGCAAAGAGAGGAAACAGUACAAGUCUUACGAGUUGUCACCCCUUACUCAAGCCCAAACUAAAACCCCCCCUUGUUAUAUCGAAGUGAGAGAGACCGAGAAAGAAAACAAAACAAUUAUCUAUGUGCAGCUGCAACAAGUAUUACACACACAGAGCUAGUCGUCACAACAUAACAAUAAAGCAUGUGAAGGUUGUUUUACAUAACUAGGAACAAGUAUUAAGCACAAAGAGCUAAUAGUCUUCAAUAAAGCAUGUGAAGGUUGUCUAAACCUAAUAGAAGUAGGUUUCCAACACAGCUCCCCCUUUUGAUUAUAUUAAUCAACAUAUUACAUGCUAAUGAUCAAAAUUCAUUAAAACAUAAAAAAUUAAACAGUAAAAAGUAAUCAAACUACUAAAAGUUACUACACAUUGCUAAACACUAAUGAUCAAAACCCAAAUCAUGAUAGCAGCUCGCGAUCGUGUUCCUUAAAGAGGGCUUGUCUAUGACGACGGGAACGGGGGUGUGGCAGAGAUAACGCAUGAGUGGUCUGUCAAAGCAAUAGGAGCUCACCGACCUGACCAAUCGGGAACGAGUGUAGUGCUGACAUAUAGGGAAAAACAAAAGGACGUGCAUGGUACAGAUAUAGAUUGGCAAUAAGAUUUUGGUACCUUCCCAACAUACACACACUGGCCAAAUAGAGUUUUGCUCACUGCAAAACAGCGGAAUUUCACUCCGGGACGAAUGUGAACUGGGCCAAACAAAGGCACCAUGCCCGAAUCGUUAGUGGGUUUAAAACCAUCCACAUUUUGGGGAACCUGUUUCAGCCAAGACGGUUUGAAGGGCGUCGAGAAAAGUAAACAUUCGUGCUGUAGGACGUGCAAUUAGCAGGAGCAGUUGGCGAUCGUAUCGGGUCAACUGUCAAAUUGGGAGCAUCGAUACACAGUUCAGACAGAUGAUUGGUCGUUGCUCAGCUUUUCUGACCUAUCUUCUGCUCCUCAAUGACCUAUCAACACGCUAUCAGUUGCCAGCACCGACUGUAGUGUUUGCUAAAAGUGAAUCCUCUUUCUUCGAGGUUACUUAGCCUCUGAUUUCCUCCCACACCCCAAAAACAUGCACAGUAGGUUGAUUGUAGACUCUAAAUUGCACGUAGGUGUGAAUGUGAGUGCGAAUGGUAGUUUGUUUAUAUAUGCCCUGUGAUUGGCUGGCGACCAGUUCAGGGUGUAAAGUAUUGCCCUCCUUCUCAAAAUCUUAUUUUUAAAUAUCUGACAAAUGUAACCCAAGUGAGGUGAAAAUGCGGUUUUUAAAUGGUGAUUUCAUUUAUUAAGGGAAAAAAACUAUUCUUAGUCACCUGGCCCUGUGAAAAAGUAAUAGUAAUAGGGUUACAAAAGCUAUUUCUAAAGCGUUAGGAUUCCAGCGAACCAUAGGGAGAACCAUUAUCCCCACAUGAAGAACACAUGGAACAGUGGUGAAAAUUCCUCGGAGUGGACUGCCAACAACGAUUACCCCAAGAGAACAGACUCAUCCAGAAGGACACAAACAAACUCAGGACAACUUCUGAAGAACUACAGGCCUCUCUUGCCUCAGUUAGGGUCACUGUUCAUGACACAAUAAGGAAGCGAAUGGGCAAAAAUGGCAUCAAUGGGAGAGUUCCAAGGAAAUUAUGUUCAGUUUACAAAUCCUGUUCAAGAAACAAUUAGGUUUCUAGAUUUCGGUUCCACUGUACACAAAAGAACACACACUGGAGUGAAAACAUUUGCUUACUCAGUUUGUGUUCAAAGAUUCUCCGUCAAGGGAAGCUAAAAAACACACGAACACAUACAUGGAGAGAAGCCGUUUACCUGCUCAGAUUCCUUUCAGAAGACAAUGGGGCUGGAAAAAAAAAAAAAUAAUGAAAUAAAAUAGGUCGACGCAGAAUUUCCGCCUCGAAGCUCCGCCGGGACCAGAAAAAGAGUUCUGCCGGAAACAGUGUUUCACGAGGACAUUUAUUGCAGAUGGGCCACUGAUAAACUUUGCCGAAAAUGACAGAGGAGCGUCUGUAAGUGAUUUUUAAGACACUAUUAGAUGUGCAAUGUACAUAUAACAUGAUGUAUGAGUGAGGUAAAUGGUAGUUAGCUGAUUUUUUUGUUUUUUGAAACUAAUUUAUCGCAAGCACGCUAAUUGCAACCACUUUGUUCAACCCUGGCGAAAAUCUUGUGAUCACUGAGAACGAGGCCUCAAACGUCACAGUAGUGUCGAACUAAAAUAUUUGAUUUUCAGUCAGAUUUUGGCCCGCCUACAUUUUGGACAAGUCACAGCCGCCUGACGCGUAGAUGGCAGAAGGCAAGGACGUUUCCUCGGUGAACUUCUUUGCAGACGUGUGGACUCGAGUCACAUGACUUGGACUCGUGUCAGACUUGAGUCAUGAAUUUGAUGACUUUAGACUCCACUUGACAAUAUGUUGAAAGACUUGCAACUUUACUUGGACUAGAACAGCAAUGACUCGUGACUUGACUUGAAGUUGAACCCAUUGACUUGAAGAGACUUGCCGCUUUGACCAAAGCAAUGAGAAACUCACACUUUGUAGCGUUCUCUUUCUAUAGCUAUAUGUGCAACUUACUCUUUUACUACGGGAAAAUAUGAUGUGACAACUUACCACUGAAGGUCUUAAUUAUUAUUUACAGAUGUUACAUUUGGGCAUGACAAAUUAUUGCAGAUCCUGGAUCCAUAAAUUAUGCACAACUGGCCAUGUCAUUGGCAUCCUUUGCACAAAAAAUGCUGAGGCGGAUUUUAUCCAAUGGAAGGAAGUCCUUCGAUUGCCAGACUACUCAAAUUAUUCUCAGAAUUUUACGGCAAGUCAAUUAAUUUAAGUCAAGUAUAUUUGAGGAUGCGUGUGCUCCCUAUCCCAUUUUGAGAUUGUCUUUGCAGGCACUCCAAUGGACCGGAUCCAUUCGGGUCUACCGAAGCCAGGUCUGCCGAUGGACACACGAAUUGUUCGGAACUUCUGGCGGAAAACAUGGAGACAUUAGAGCUGGCUGGGGCCUUUUCAAGUCCUGCUUGUGACCCACACUGCAGUUGAUGUUGCUGAAAGAGCUCCGUGGGUUCACAUGUCCCACUGCAGGACGGUUCCGGUGCCUCCUGUGAUCCCAACUCCUCGUCCUCCUUCACCUUCUGCAACGGGUGGUUGGAAAGCCCGGCCUGAUAAAGCUGAAUACUGACCGCGACCGGAAGGAAGCUGCUUGCUGCAUAAGUCCGACAUGGCUGAAUAGUCUAAUGAUUCACUGUUAGUAUACACUUCUAGCUACAAGCAGAAGAUAGGUCAUAAAAGCCAAGCAACGACCAAUCACUUGUUGUCUGAACUGACGAGCGCACACCUCAUACACAAAUGCGCACUUUCGUAACUCGCCGUAUAGCUCUCGUUUUUUUGUGUCGCUCUUCUUGUCCAUGAUUGACUCAUUGUUUGUCCAGUAAACGCGUGUGGACCCAAUUGACCCUGUAACACUCUCCCAUUUUUUUCAGUUUAACUGGGCAUUGCUUUGGCAUUUGUGUCUCAGACGGGCCGAGACACACAGCAACUUGUAACCUCUCUUGACUGUCUCUCUCUUUGUAAAGAUAUUAAAACUACAAAAGACAA